AAGCUCCCACACAGGAAUGGCCAGUAAACUACAAUCAUGUUGUGAAAACAAGAAACUAAUGCUACAGUUACAUAAUGAACCCUAGAGGAGUAUUAUUUUGAAUGGAAUAUGAUGAACCACAUUCAGCAAUUUUAAUAUUGUCGUUGUUGCAGCACCAGGUAUAGACACUGGUGGAGUCUGGCAGUCCACAGCGGAAAAACAAGGAAGUGUCGGUGUCUGUAGCUUCAGACCGCGGUGACGAUGGCGCUCCGGGCAGUCGGGAGCCGCUUGUCGCAUUUUCAGAAGAACUGUUUCAAGAUUGCCUCCAUUCAGACACUAGGAGUUGUCAAAUUCAAAACAACAUGUCCAGUUGAAGUGAGCCACCUGGACCAUUUGGUUCUCACAGUGAAAAGUGUACCAGACACCAUCAAGUUUUACAGCACCGUCCUUGGCAUGGAGGUCAUCACUUUCAAGGGAAACCGUAAGGCUCUGGGUUUUGGGCAACAGAAGUUUAACCUUCACCAGCUGGGACACGAGUUUGAGCCAAAAGCUAAGCAUCCAACCUCAGGCUCUGCAGACCUGUGCCUUAUCACCAGAACCCCUCUGGCCACUGUAGCUGCACAUCUGAAGGUUUGUGGAGUCAAGAUAGAAGAGGGUCCAGUGGAGAGGAGUGGGGCUGUGGGGACCAUCACCUCUCUGUACUUCAGAGAUCCAGACCACAAUCUCAUUGAAGUGUCAAACUAUAACCAGCCAACAUCAGAGGCUUCAUGAGAAUUCUCAGGUCUUUUUUGUGAACACAUGAAAAAACAUCAAACCUUGCAAAGCCUCUGUCCACUUGGCCUACUCUGUACAGUUACUGUUAGAGUUGUUUUUAGUCCAAAAUGAACACAUGCACUCAGAUGUAGACUGGUGUAGACAACAUCAGUUGACUGUGCAAAGACAGAGUUCCUGUGUAGUUCUAUUUAAAUCAUGCAUAAAAGAGGCAGUAUUUUUAUAGUAAAACUCCAAAAAAUCUUAUUUAAAUCAACAUGUAAAGUAUGCAGUCUAAUGGGAAGAACGGUUAUAUUCUGUGAAGAGAAACAGAUGUAAAAAACACGACUCAUUCAACUGGAAAUAAAAGGCUCUUGUACAAAA